GGAAGAGAGGGUGAGUGCUCACCGAUACUUUUUUAUUCGUUGACCCCCAUCCUUACGUUAUCACCUUGCAGCAUGGUCAACCGACACUUGCAAAGAAAAAAAUCGCUGACGUACCAUUGGUCAAUGUAGCUCGCCUGGCAGGUCUGAUAACAGAAUAAGGCGGCAACGUCAGGCCAGCUUGUCAAGUACAACUGCUAGCACUUCUUUAGUCGAGGAGAUGGCUAAUUUUGGCGGUCCAACUUUGCUCAAACGCACCCUCGGCCUUCAGGAAGAUCGGUAUAGUCAAUACAUCGGCCCUACCACUGACUUCGAACCAUCCCUCAUCAAUCUUUCCCCCUUCGAUCCGCAAGAUGAAAGUUUACUCGCGCGAGGUACUUUAAGAAAAGUCAGCGACAAUGAUACGUUUUUGUUGCUGCCCGAUAGCAACACUCCUGGCUACGAUCAUCAGUACAACGAUGUCGACGAAAUCCAACGGCUUGUAGCGCCUUUUGGCCGCCAAUUAAUCGAUCUCUAUUUCGAAGUUGUACACCCUGCCUUCCCAAUUCUUCAAAAGAAUGUCUUCUACGAAAAAUACGAUCGAAACUAUCGGGAGUUUUCGCCGCCGCUAUUGGCGGCCGUCUACAUCCUCGCCAUUAACUGGUGGGACUAUUCUGAGGAAUUAUCCAAAUCCCAGCGACCAAACGUCAGAGAACUGGAGAGAUUAAUACGAUCGUCGCUAGCUGAGGCCAUGUGGCGUCCGAAAUUGUCUACCGUGCAGGCUGGACUUUUGCUUUCGCAAAGACCCGAAGGAGAUCAAUGGGCCCCGACUGCACAACUAGUAGCGAUUGCGCAAGAGCUUGGUCUGCACCUAGACUGUACGCAUUGGAAGAUCCCGCCUUGGGAAAAGGGAUUAAGGAAGAGGUUGGCUUGGGCUUUGUACAUGCAAGAUAAAUGGGGGGCUCUUGUUCAUGGGCGACCGUCACAUAUUUUUAGCUCUAACUGGGUUGUGCAGCCCUUAACACCUAAUGAUUUCCCGGAGACCGAAUUAGAUGAACAGAAUCCAGAAGAGAAGAUGGAUAUCGAACGGGGCCGGACAUUGUUCGUACAAAUGAUCUAUCUUACGCAGGUUCUAGCCGAGAUUCUCGAAACUUUUUACACCCUCGAGGCCAUGCAGAAUGUUAGCAACGCUGGACAGCAAGGCACCCACAUUGUAUUGGGGAUGGCUAAACCGAUACAGCUUAAGUUGAAAGAAUGGUACGCCGCACUUCCAGCUGUGAUCCGUAUGGAUUCUUCCUUUCAAUCCGGCGUCGUUACGUCUACCCGUUUGUCGAGUAUUGGGUAUUUGCACCUAGGUUACUUCGCGACCGAGAUCACUUUACACCGCCGAAUCAUUCGAUCCCUUGAGACCGAAUCGCAGGCCGUUGACCCUUAUAUCCAACAUAUUUGUCGCAGCGCCGCAAAAGCCCGUUUGAUAUCCGCCAUGGAUUUUGUUAACCGUUUAACUCCUCAACACCUCCGAUCCUUUUGGUACUUUGCCUCCAAGACCAAUUUUGCUUUAAUAGGCACCUUUGGAUCUCUUUUGUGGGCUACCUCACCAGGCCGUGAAGAGGCUGACUGGUACCGACGAAGACUUGGAGAAUACCGGUGGACUUUAAGUGUUAGUAGCAAGCCCGGUGAAUCCAAAGGUCUGACCGAUUUUGCAAUGGGUAUGCUCGAUAUAUCAACCGGGCUAUUGAAGCAACUCCCCGAAAAACCAGAACUAAGCCGUAGCGGAAGCGCCGUUGAGUUUGAGGCUGGCCGACGUUCGAGUAUACUCUCUAUGGGCCUGAAUACUAUAGGAGAGCCGCAUAGUAGCGGUAUGGGCAGCGCCGAUAUCAGCAACAUCCAAAGUCCGGAGAGUCAAAUCGACAGUAGCGACGAGGAUUAUGACACAUUUGCUCCAAUGGCCGGAAUGGCUUCUAUGGGCGACUGAGUUGAGCUGAGAAGGCUAGCAUAUGGCGGUUUCCUUCCCUUUUUCUUUUUUUGCUGUUUUAGGUGUAAUGGUAGAAGGGGAUUGGCGAAUGAAGUAGGAAUAGAAAAGACUGGGAUGAGGCAAGGUCACGCCAUAGGCACGAAAUCUGACGACUAACCGGAUCUAUGAAAACACCAUCUUAUAGGUAUAUAUAUCCCUUGGACAUGGACGACUACAUAGUAUAUAUGUAAGGGAUGUCUUGGCGAGGAUAUUCGACAUUUUUAUGUUCAACGUUUCUUUUUGUAUUCUCUUCUCAUACUCUUUUCAUACCCUCUCAUCUCGGAUACCCCCAUCUAGAGGUCAUCUCCUUUGCAUUUGUUAGGGCGGCCCAAAAAAAGUCGUCGUUUCUGGAUCUCUUGCAUUGCGAAUGGUUGCUGGGUUUGCUGGGCCGGGAUACUGUCGUCGGAAAAGUAGGGGCAUUUUGCGAGGCUGGGUGGUUGAUGGAUGGAUGGAUGGUAUUGGGGAGAAUGUGAUGCGAUGUAGUGAACAAGCAAGCAAUUGAAUCUGAUUAAUGUCA